AUUGCAACUUUUUUUGAGACCCAUUUUGAUUCUCUAGGGAUUGAUUUUGCAGGAUUUGUUGCAUUGCAAUAGCUGGACGGAUCGGGAUUGACCCACUUUAGAAGCUAUAGUUGGAGCAUGAGUGUGGCCUGAAGCUAGAUAGCUGGCUGGCAUGUGGUGGUCGUAAUGGUCUCCUCAAAGUGCUUGUAACUUUUGAUCUAUUUACUGGAAAGUCCUUGUGUUCUAGUUUAAGGUAUGAAUCCAAUGCAAGGGCCACGGAAUACUGGUGGUUCGUCUACUGAAGUGAAUCAGGCAGAUGGUGAAUCGAUUUAUUGCACAGAGACCGCUAUGAAUAACAUGCUGAAUCCAGCAGACACUGGAUUUCCAAACAAUAGUACACCUUCAGGCCGACCAACUUAUGCAAGUUCGAGUUCUCAUGCUGCUCAAGAUCGUAACUGGUGGAGGUUUGGGGAAUCCAGCUCCAUAUCAGGUCCUUCUGAUCAGGUCAAUUCCGUUGGAAUGAAGACAAGUCACCAGCUGCCUCAAGAUGGUGCUCAUCACUUUGUUGGCUAUGGAUCUGAGGGAAGGGAAUUAGGUCUGAAUGGUAUGAUGGUAGAUGGAGGGGUUCAUGCUGGCAGUCACAUCAGGAAUGGGCCUUCUUUCUUGCGCGGUUCAAGCUCUAAUCCUAUGCCACAGCAUGUAGAUAUGAGCAUGGACAUGGACAGCGAUAAUUGUAGUGCACAGACUUCCGGGGUAGUUAUCCGUCAUAAUAGCUAUGGGAGUUCAUUAGGAACCUCAAUUCAGGCCGCAGGGGAGAGCAGCAGUGGUCCUGCUUCUCCGUUUGGUGGUUGGGGUUCGUCCUGCAAAAGAAAGGCUCUUGAAGGAUCCCCUAGUCAUUAUUUUUCUGGUGAAACUCCUAACCGCAUUGUUCAGACUGAAAAUAGUGCUUCACAUGCAAGUCUUUCUCAGUAUGGUGCUUCAAGUAGCUUAAGUUUGGCUACACCCUCACAAAGUUCUCCAAAUGUUACUAAUCAUUUUGGCCGGACAGAACAAAUGUUUGGAUCUGGUGGUGGAAGAGCAGUUGCAGCCAGUGCUUUUCAUUCUGCAAGAAACACUGACACCUUAUCCAGAGCUGGCAGACGAUUAAAUCCCAGGCAGCCUCAGGAGUCUGUAGCAUUCAGCGUAUCACACGCUGGAACUUCUGUUAGUCCCACUGGUUCUUUGCAACAGAAUUUACCAUUGAACUCUCCCUUUGUAGAUCCUCUAGAUGUGAGAUCAACUAGUGGCUCAAGCACUGGUGAGAAUCAGACAAAUAUAGUCCACCUCCCUGCUUUGACCAGGAAUAUACACCAAUUUGCUUGGGAUGCUUCUUUCAGUUCCAGAGCCAGUAAUUCUUCGGGUAUUGGGAUGCCUGCAGAGCGAUUAGGACCACAGUGGGAAACACCGAGAAGCAACCCAGAGCAGCCCAUGUUUGCACCUGCAACUGAUAUGAGACAGCCGGUGCAUGAUCUUUGGAAUUUCACACAUGGAAACCCUGGUUCAUCUAUAGAUUCUCCCUUUGUUCCUCGAGCGGGGCCGAGUUCAGCUAUUCAUGCGCCACUGCCUAAUCCCACAUGGAUUCCUCCUCAGAGUGCCCCAAUACAUAAUCCAUCGAGAACAUCAGAACUUUCUCCUUGGUCUUUAUUUCCUAAUAUUGAAUCUCAAUCUGCUAGUCACGGUGCCUCUCUUCCAUUAUUACCCGCAGGCCCCUCUGUUUCCUCAAAUGAGGUGGCAAUGCCAUCUGGUUCUAAUAGCCGGAGCCAUCGCUCACGGCAAAGAAGAUCAGGGUUGUUAUUGGAGAGACAAAAUGAACUUCUCCACUUGCGUCACAUAGGGAGAAGCUUAGCUGCUGACGGUAAUGGAAGGAAUCAAAUCAUUUCCGAGAUACGUCAGGUGUUGCAUGCCAUGAGAAGAGGAGAAAAUUUACGGGUUGAGGAUUACAUGGUGUUCGAUCCACUGAUCUACCAGGGUAUGACUGACAUGCAUGAUAGGCAUCGGGAAAUGCGGCUUGAUGUUGACAACAUGUCGUAUGAGGAGCUAUUGGCACUUGGGGAACGCAUAGGUGAUGUGAGCACUGGCCUAAGUGAAGAGGUCAUUUUGAAAGCAUUGAAACAGCACAAACAUACAUUUUCUUCUGCUUCUUCUGCUGAGUUGCAUCAGAACAUAGAGCCAUGCUGCAUUUGUCAGGAAGAGUAUGUAGAAGGUGAUAAUCUUGGAACCUUGAAAUGUGGACAUGAAUUCCACAAGGACUGUAUCAAGCAAUGGGUCAUGAUCAAGAAUCUCUGCCCCAUUUCUGCAUCUUUGAACAGCGGCAUCUAUCCUACCGUUUGGCACAUCGACAAGUUUCACACCGGUUCUUUGAAAACCUUCUCUGACCCGACGAGGGCAUUGAAAUCCCUAUACGCCGAGAACAUAACCAUCGCUGCAUCACUUAUCAUAGCAUACAACUGAAUAGCUAUUCUUAUGUUACUAGCCACAUCUCCAGGAUGUACAUUGCUAGGUACAGGGAAGUGACCACAAGACCAACUGUGGAAUAAUGAAUUAAUGACUGUGUU